UAAAUCUAAUUGUGUUAGAUUGCCAAAAAUAGAUUUGCCUACUUUUCAAGGACAUUAUCAACACUGGCUUGAGUUUAGAGAUACGUUUGUCUCAUUGAUACAUUCCAGGGACGAUAUGGAUAAUAUUAAUAAGUUACAUUAUCUUCGCGCGUCUUUGAAAGGUAGUGCCUUACUUGUCAUAGACAACUUAGAUUUUAAAUCUGAAAAUUACACAUCUGCUUGGAAGUUAUUGUGCAGUAGGUACGAUAACAAAAGGUUGCUCGUAAAUAAUCAUGUUAAGGAACUUUUUAGCGUCGAGCAAAUUCACAGUGAAUCUUGUGCUUCAAUUCGACGUCUUAUUGACGUUACAAAUAAAAACCUACGUGCACUUUCGACAUUGGAUGAACCAACUGAACAUUGGGACACGUUAAUUAUACAUAUGAUGUCGGAAAAAUUAGAUAGUGUGACGCAUAGGGCAUGGGAGGAGCAUCGGAAUACGCUCUCUCACCCUCCAUCCUUAGAAGUAUUUAUUACUUUCCUUAGCAACCGGGCAGACUUGUUGGAGACUUUGCAAGAAAGUAAAGGUAAAAAUCAUAAAUUUGAAAAUAAAAAUAGCACUAAUGUAUGUAUAGUUACAACUAACAACAGUAGUUCAUCUAACAAAAAAACCCCAAACAAAACAUUCAAUAAGCAGAAUAAAAAAAUAUUUACAUGUACCGUGUGCAAUCAAACUCAUUUUCUCUUCAACUGUGAAACAUUCAGAGCCCUUCCUAUAGAAAGUCGUAUUCAAAAGGCGAAAGAAUCGAACGUCUGUCUUAAUUGUUUACGGCCUGGGCACUUAGAAAAAAGUUGCAAUCUUGUGUCAUGUAAAUACUGCAAACAGAGACAUAACACACUUUUACAUCUGCAUGAAUCAGUGGCUCAUUCUGAGCCCACGACUUCUGCUAUUUGUAACUUCGCUGCAUCUGGUCAUGAUGUACCGCAAAUACCGCAAUGUACUACUGCGCCGCAUGCUUUCCUGUCCACAGCGAUCGUGAAGGUGCGCGACAACGCAGGCAACGUGCAUACGGCUCGGCUGCUUCUUGACAACGGAAGUUUCUGCCACUUCGUAACGGAAUCACUCUGCGAGGAACGCGCUUGUGAAGAAAAUUUCUACCGUACUACGACUCGCAACGAGGAUGGCCGAUUUAUCGUCACAAUGCCGCUGAAAGAAGAUCCUGCUGUCUUAGGAGACUCGUUUCAAAGGGCAAAGUGCCGCUUUCUGUCUCUAGAGCGUAAGUUUACUCGAGAGCCGAUUUUUAAGGAAAGGUACAUCGACUUCAUGCGGGAAUAUGAGCGUUUAGGUCACAUGACUGAGAACAAGGAGGCUGGCUGUCUUCAAUCCAAGGUCAAUUACUACCUUCCACAUCACGGUGUGCUUCGUGAGUCCAGCCAGACUACAAAGCUUCGUACGGUUUUCGACGCGUCAGCACUUUCAACCUCUGGCGUGUCCCUCAACCAGAUCCAAAUGGUUGGACCAACAGUUCAGGAGGAUCUUUAUUCCAUCUUGCUUCGUUUCCGACAGCAUAAGUAUAUCGUAACUGGUGAUGUCGAGAAAAUGUAUAGGGCGAUUGAUCUUCACCCCUCUCAACGCUCUCUUCAACAGAUAAUUUGGCGAUAUGAUUCCUCACAUCCUUUAAAAACGUACACUCUUAACACCGUCAGCUUUGGGCAAGCUUCGGCACCGUACCUAGCAACUAAGUGUUUGGUUUCGUUGGGAUCUAGUGCCCUCGACAGCGACGUCAAACAAUCGAUUGAGCGUGACUUUUAUGUCGACGAUUACUUGAGCGGUUCGUCGACUAUCGAGGACACCAUUCGGUUGUGCAAGGGCGUCAUAUCGACACUGAAAUCAGCGCAGUUUAAUUUAAGAAAAUUUCAAUCGAAUAAUAAGUAUAUUCUUGAACAAAUUGCACCCAAUUCAGAGACAAAUAAUAUUCUAGAUAUUGCAAGUACCGAUAGAAAUAGUUCUUCAAAAACCUUAGGUCUAAACUGGAUAUGUGACUCUGAUAUGAUGUCGUUUGCUAUCAGUAUUGAAUUUAAUGAAAUCGUCACAAAACGGCACAUUCUCUCAGUCAUUAGCCAAAUAUUUGACCCAUUAGGCCUAGUUAACCCUUGCAUUGUAGAGGCAAAGAUUGUAAUGCAGAGACUUUGGAUUGAAAAAUGUUCAUGGGAUCACGAAGUCUCGCAGGAAAUAAAGGAAAUGUGGUUAUCAUUUGUUAAAACAUUGCCUCUUCUCAACUAUUUAAUGGUACCUCGCUGGGUGAUUGCUGAUAACUCAGUGAGUCAUGAAAUCCACGUCUUUUCAGACGCUUCAGAGCGUGCAUAUGGUGCCUGUCUAUAUAUUCGUUCAAUUGAUAUAUCAGGUCAGGUGCAAGUGCAUCUUGUAACCUCAAAAAGUAAAAUAGUCCCCAUAAAACCCACCACGAUACCUCGACUUGAAUUGUGUGGGGCUUUGUUGGCUGCAAGGCUAUGUAACAAAGUGGUAAGCUCAUUGACUCUUCAAUUCAGUCAACGUAGAUUCUGGUGUGACUCUACUAUUGUUCUGGGGUGGUUAAGUACACCACCAAAUAAUUUAAAAAGCUUUAUUCGCAACAGGGUCCACGAGAUCCAAGAGAGCACUGCAGGUCACACGUGGAGCUACAUACCGUCGAAGGACAAUCCGGCGGAUCUUGUUUCUCGUGGGGUGAAGGCUGACCAAAUCAGCGCUUUAUCCUUAUGGUGGUCAGGUCCGACAUUUCUGUUGGAGCCAGAAUCUGAAUGGCCAAAAAUGCCUAACACUCACGCGAAGCAUGAUCUACCUGAGUUGAUUACCUGUUCUUUGGCGCUUGUAGAUGAUUUUAGCACCGAUCGUAUUUGUAAGUUAAUUCAAGACAAAUCAAGACUCAUAAAUUUGCAAAAUAUUAUCGCGUAUUUGCUAAGAUUCAUACAUAAUUGUAAAAAUCGGAACAAUAAAUUAACUGGUCAUCUUUCAGUUCAAGAAGUUCAAAAUGCGUUAAUUCUAAUAACUCAAAAGGCACAACAAGAAAUGUUCACUGACGAAUAUGCUGUUCUAAAAACUGGCAAGGCACUACCUAACAAAAAUAGAUUAAUUUCAUUAACGCCUUUCUUAGAUACAAAUAGUAUCAUGCGAGUUGGUGGCAGGCUAGAUAAUUCGCCUUAUUGCUAUGAUACUAAGCAUCCAAUUCUUUUAUGCAGCAAACACCACUUAACAAAAAUCAUAUUUAGACAUUAUCAUAUCAAAUGUUUGCAUGCCCCGCCACGACUCCUACUAGGAACUAUAAAACAAACUUAUUGGCCAUUAGGUGGCACAAAUCUUGCGAAAAACACCGUAAAUAAAUGUGUACGAUGUCUUCGCUUUAAACAUGACACCGUUCAGCCCAUCAUGGGGCAGUUACCUUCAACACGAACUCAAUUAGAAUUCCCUUUUUUACAUUGUUGCGUCGACUACGCUGGGCCAGUGUUGAUAGCAGACAGGAAAGGUAGAGGCUGCAAGCUUAUAAAGUCCUUCUUGGCAAUCUUCAUCUGCAACUCGACCAAAGCCUGUCACAUCGAGCUCGUCACGGCUCUUUCUAGUGAGGCAUAUAUUGCCGCUUUAAAGCGUUUCGUUUCUCGUCGCGGGUUACCAUUGUCCAUUACAAGUGACAAUGGAACUAAUUUCGUUGGCGCUUGUAAUGAACUGGCACAACUCCUUAUGGAGUCAGAUCUCGAAAGUCAGGUAGCGCAGGAGGGCAUCGAAUUUAAAUUUGUACCUGCUUAUACACCUCACUUCAACGGUCUUGCAGAAGCGGCCGUUCGCUCCACAAAGCAUCAUCUUAAGCGGCUGCUACAAACUACACACUUCACUUAUGAGGAAAUGGCGACUUGUCUCACUGAAAUUGAAGCAGCGUUAAAUAGUCGUCCUCUCACUUCAUUUUCCACUGAUCCUUCUGAUUUUACGGCCUUAACUCCUUCUCACUUUUUAAUUGGCCGCUCACUUAUGUCUAUACCUCAACCACAAGUGCCUGAUGUGAACAUCAAUCGCCUGGAACGAUACAAACGAAUCCAGCUCAUCCGGCAGCAUUUCUGGUCCCGAUUCUCGGUUGAGUACAUCGGUUUACUGCAGCAAAAGCUGAAGUGGCAAUCCUCAAGCAAGGAGUUAAAACUCGGAUCGUUGGUCCUUAUAAAAGAUCGGACUCUUCCACCCUUAGUAUGGUCUCUAGGGCGCGUAACUCAGCUCUACCCAGGCAGUGACGGGAUCAGCAGAGUGGCUGAAAUAAGGACAAGGAGAGGAACUAUUCGAAGGGCAUACAAUAACAUCUGUCCCCUUCCAGAUUCUUGAAGUCUUCUCUACUACUUCAACCCGGGCAGCAUGUUGAGUACUCGACAUACGCACGGGAGGAGACGCGCGGGCGGCGGGCGAUCGCGACGUCAUCGCGGCAGGCCUGCGAGCAGCGCGCGGCACACACACUCACCUUUACCUACCUCACCGGCAACGGACGAAUACCGAAUUAAUUUUAUAACUGUUUGGCCGGGAUUUGAAGCUGUAAUUAAGGCGGAAUAAACCAGCCUAUUUUGAUACAGUCCGCGUUAUUAUUUAUA